AUGGUUCAGAAUCAGAAAAAUAACAAUAACAAUAAUCCACCACGUAGAUCAACCCGUCAAAAGAAGUCCAAUAACGACUCAGAACAACCGACUCCACCUAAGCGCGUUACAAGAGCUACGGCAAAGAAGCUGGAAGAAAGCAGCAAAAGCAAACCAAUAGAGACGACUGAAGAGGUAAACAUGGCAGUCGAAAAUCAAGACAUUGAAAUGGAGCAUGCCGACGAAGUCGACGAUACUGAAAAGAAGGCAUUAGAGGCUGAUGCUUUACUAUUAUCUGAUCUCAGACAAAACUUCACCCUCCUGGAACGUGCUGUGUCUACUAUCGAGUCACGAUUCACAACACGUGUUCUAAGAACUACUGCAUCCAUUAGGAAACGUUUGACGGCAGAUCUCUUGGCUCAGGCAAUCAGAGAUAUUUAUCCAAAAGAUUCUACAGAUAAAGUCAGACUAUUGAAUUAUUUGGGAAAGGAUAUUGUUGUCAUGGAUGUUGACAUUGACGAUUCUGGGAAAGAUAAUCCACCAAUCUUGCCGGAGAUUGAUCUUUAUCUCCAUUUAUUGUUGAUGAUAUAUUUGCUAGAUAAGCAAGAGUUUGAAAAGGGUAUCCAACUUUCUAAUGAAACGAUUGGCAAAAUCCGAAGUUUGAAUCGUCGUACGUUAGAUCAGUUGUCCGCACGUAUCUAUUUUUAUUAUGCUCGAUUCUACGAGCUUACAGGAAAUUUGGCUGUAAUUAGACCGUAUGUUUUUUCACGUCUUCUCACUGACAAGCUUGUCAGUAAAACUACCUUUCCUGAAACUGCUGGAAACAACCAACAAGCUAGAUAUAUGUAUUACUUAGGUCGUAUCAAGGCCAUUCAGCUCGAUUACACAGUAUCGCAUACUCAUUUAUUGCAGGCCAUUCGCAAAGCACCUCAAAAUACCGUGACGGCUGGUUUUCAGCAAGCG